AUGGCUCCCGGCAUGUCAUUAUCAUCCGUAAACGCCAUCAUCAUUCUCGGCUGCGACGAUGGCUCAAGGAUAUUUGCCAAAUACUACACCUCCCCCCACCAGGCCGCGCCCGGCGCCGGUCAAGCUGCCGCCUUGACCGCCCCGCCAAACCCAUUCCCGGACGUCAAGGCGCAAAAGGCCUUUGAGAAGGGCCUGCUCGAGAAGACGGUCAAGCAGACGGGCGACAUCAUCCUGUACGACAACCGGAUCGUGCUGUACAAGAUGGAGUCGGACGUCAUGAUGUACGUGGUCGGCAGCGUCGACGAGAACGAGGUCCUGCUGUAUAAUGUCAUCCUGGCCCUGCGCGACUCACUGCACCUGCUCUUCAAGCAGUCGGUCGACAAGCGCACCAUAAUCGAGAACUACGACCUCGUCUCCCUUGCCAUCGACGAGAUUGUCGACGACGGCAUCAUCCUCGAGACCGACCCCACCAUCAUCGUUCAGAGGGUCAGCAAGGCCCCAACGCAGGACGUCAACCUCAGCCGCAUCGAUCCCUUUAGCGAACAGGGCGUCAACAACUUGGCGCAGUUGGGCAAGGCCAAGCUGACGGAUUGGCUGAGGCAAGGGUUGUGA